UCUUAGGUUUAAUAGUUCAUUAAUGAAACAGGAUUCUGCUCUGUUCUGCAUCAGCUCAGGGAUCUCAGUGAGCUCUCUGGAUGAAUCUCACGUUGGCUUGGUGAAUCAGACGUGGAAGUUUGGAAAGAGCGGGGAGGCUGCCAGGAUGAUCCGGAACAUGCUCGCAAACUUCCCCUCCUGCUGCGUGCUGGAUGCAGAAGGAAAGCCCGUGUCCUGGAUCCUGACUUAUGCGUCGUGUGCCAUGAGGAUUCUGUACACUCUGCCAGAGCACAGAGGGAAAGGCUUUGCUAGAGUCCUGGUCAGCGCCAUGGCCAAGAAACUCCACACUCAGGGCUACCCAGUGUAUUGCUUCAUAGAGGAGGAGAACAUGCUCUCAUACAGGCUCUUUAAAAACCUGGGCUUCAUUGAAGAUCCCUCAUACAGAGAAACCUGGUUUAUAUUCAGUGAUCUUUAAAGAUCUCAAAGAAGAAGUCCCUACAAUGUUAAGUUGCUCUCAGAAUGUUUGCUAAUAAAUGUGCCUUUGCAGCACAGAAAAGGGGAAAGGUGAACUGAAAAAUCUAGUCAGAAAUUAGGGAGAAAAAGCUCAUGAUACUGCAUGGGAGCAUGUUGUACUUCCUGUUCAGGUUCACUUGCCUUAAACUGUAACAGUGGACAUGCGCUUGCAGAUUUCUCUUUACACAUCUCAUCUCUUUUCAGAAAAAGCA